CCUAUUCACGUCUGUGGAAUUUCGUGGUCCUUGAUUCCAUAACUGUAUAACUGUGAAUGAAAUAUGCUUGUCAUUGUCACACACAUCAUUUCAAUUUUGAACAAGAAAAAGCUGACAGCAGUGCCAGGGGUUUGAGUUUUAUCCAUGAAAAGGCCACAUGAAUAUAAUUAUUGGUACAGUCCUGUCACUAGGAGCCCAGUCUGUCCUGUCAGGCUUUGACUCUGUGGAGAUUUCCCGACACACUUCGCAGAUCCCAUUGUGUGCGCCUGAUGAGGGGGGGAUGCGGGAAGGUUCAGACCACUACGGAAUUGAAAUAUUUACAACUUUCCACCUUUUACUUUUGUUAGCUCCCAAAAUAUCAACGUCAUUAAGUCCCCUCAUCCCGCUGCAGUAGAGCGGGGCUGCCCCUUGAUAUUAGAGUCCCGGCCCUCUAUACCCUUAAACCGAAACUAGCCCUACUCUCAUGCUCGUUUCCGAGAGCAUUCCCCACACAGACUGCCGAGUAGCAGCGCCCAGUAACAAUACAUCCGCACAGAGGCAGUGUUGUCCUUAGUCAUUCCCCGCCUCAAGGGAGGAGGAGCAGCGGCGGCACAUCCAGGCGCAGACACCGACCCACAGACAGGCACCGCCCCGGAGAGCAGAAAUCGGGCUGGUGAUAUCGAGGAAGACCGGGGAACAGGAGUUGGGAGCCAGGCCGAAGGAUUCCGGCGGUGCCACUGGAUAUAUAUCAGCACCAGAAUGAUGUCUGCCUCUCGGAAUCUACAGCUGUGGUGCUCCCAGCAGUGUGAGGGUUACCCUGGCGUUCUGAUAUACGACCUCAGUUCCUCCUUUCGGGAUGGACUGGCCUUCUGCGCCCUCAUUCACCGCCAUCAGCCUGAUCUAAUAGACUUUGAUUCUCUUUCUAAAGAAAAUGUCUUUGAAAACAACCGCCUGGCUUUUGAAGUGGCUGAACGGGAACUGGGUAUCCCAGCUUUGCUUGAUCCCGAGGACAUGGUGUCCAUGAAAGUGCCCGAUCGGCUGAGCAUUAUGACGUACUUAUCCCAGUAUUAUAACCACUUUCGUAAUUCCAGUCCGGUGGGAAAGCCCCAGCCCAAAGAAGCCUCUGAGUCCCCCUCCAAAGAGCCCAGUGAAGGUUCCUUACCUCAGGGAAGCCCAAAUGCCCUCACCUCUUUGACCCGUAAUUCAAUAAGCAGCACAUGUACCCUGUGCCAGCAGCAUGUACACCUGGUGCAGAGAUAUCUGGUAGAGGGGAAACUUUAUCACCGCCAGUGCUUCAGAUGUAAAGAAUGCUCAAGUACCCUACUUCCUGGAGCCUAUCGACCAGGCACUGAUGCUUGUACCCUUGUUUGCACUCAUCACUGCCACCGGCCUCCGACCAGCAGCCCUGAAUCUGAAGAAGAUAGCACUAUGCAAAAGGCAGUUGAGACCCCUCCCAAACCAUGCACCCCAGAAAAACCUACUGCCUCUAAUAAACCUCCAACAGAACUGCCUUCUGAUCCCUCCCCUAGUAUGAGACCAGUACCAGCUCCAAGAAGAAGUGAUGUGGCACCUCAGCCUUUGCCACGCUCCCGUGCAGCAGCAGAACAGAGCCCAGUAAGGCCCACAUCUCUAAUAAAUGGUGAACAACAGGAACCUGCUCCACCAGUCCCCAAACCAAGAAGCAGACAACGAUCCUCAGAAAGGGAGGAAGAAGAAAAACGGAAAAAGGAUCCACCUUGGCUCACUCUAGUUCCUGUGACAGAGCCUAAAAGGAGAGCUGCUCCUCUGCCUCCACCACUGGCUCAAAAGCAGGAGUUAGGAGAUGAGAAAUCUCAAAAACCUUCAAAUGACACAGAAAAGCAAAGUCCCCCAUCAAAGCCAGUUUCCUGCAAUCCAUUUGACGAUGAAGAAGAGGAAGAGGAAACAAGUUCUCUAAAACCAGGCCACCCCUGGUAUGGAAUUACACCAACCAGCAGCCCUAAGAGUCGCAAAAGGCCAGCACCCAAAGCUCCAAAUGCUUCACCUCUGGCUCGUCAUACUAUUUUAGUGUCAAGACUAUCUCACUCUGAGCCUCCCUCAGGAAGCCCUUCUCCAGCCCUAAGUACAGAGAGCCUUCCAACUGAUCCUUCCCCAAAGGGCCAAGAUCCCGAGAGUGUUCCCAAGAGCUCAUCUGAGCCAACUAUUCAUUCUCCAAACAAACCAGAACCUUCUGAUGGAGACACUACCAACUACCUCAGCACUGGUGUCCCCAGCACUUCUACCAACACCAGCCUUUCUUCCUCCAGCGAAUUAGCUAAUACUAGUGAAGCACAAGAAAGCCCAUCCCCAGAAAUGCCUCUUAGUCCAAGCCGACCUGCCCCUCAAGUACCUACUAUCUCCAUUCCUAGCCCAGAAGCAGCCGAAAGCACACCUCUAGAGAAAAAGCCUCUAGCAAAGCAUUCUUGCAAACAGAAUCCAUUCAAUAGGAAAUACUCUCCUGCCUCAUCUCCCAUUAACCGCAGGAACCAGAAAGGUCCGAAACCUUCCCGGCCCCCUGCUCCAGGACAUGGGUUUCCUCUUAUAAAGCGCAAGGUUCAAGCUGAUGACUACAUUCCGGAAGAUGAGAUUCAGAUGGAAAUGGAGACAAUUGAGCUGCGUCUGGAUGAGUUAGAACGGCGUGGUGUGGAGCUAGAACACCGACUGCGCAAGUUGGAGAAUGCAGAAUCAGAUGAAGAUAGUCUGCUGGUGGACUGGUUCAAGCUGAUCCAAGAAAAACACACCCUGGUGCGGCGGGAGUCAGAGCUUGUCUACACCACCAAACAACAGAGUCUGGAACAGCGGCAGGCUGAUGUGGAGUAUGAACUUCGAUGCAUACUGAAUAAGCCAGAAAAGGACUGGUUGGAAGAGGAUAAGGAACGGGAACAGGUGCUAAUGCUGGAGCUGGUCACUCUCAUUGAACAGAGAAAUGCAAUCGUCAAGUGUUUGGAUGAAGACAGACAGAGGGAAAAAGAGGAAGACAAGAUCAUUGAGGCUAUGAUACUGAAGAAAGAUUUUCAUACAGAUCCACAAAAAAAGAAGAAAGGAAAAUUUAAACCCAUGAAAGUUCUCAAGCUUCUUUCUCCAAAGCAAGAACCCAAAGUAAAAAGUCCUAAGGACAAAAAGAGAGUGCAGUCGGAUGAGACCAAGAGGUAGACUGGACCACUGGAACAGCGCAGGAUGAUGGGUUUGAUAAAUGGAAUCUUUGCACCGUUCUUCUUGCCUUCUGCCUUCACAGGCUGUGCAUUCAUUCUGUUCUGAAGCUGGCAUAUCAGCAUAGAUGCAUGAAGUUGCCACAGUUCAUUUUGGAUAGGAACCUUUUGCUGACUAACAGUGCGCGUGGUUUAAUGGCGCACGGGUGUCACAUCUGAACUGAACAGAGGAGCCACCUCCACUUCUGUCCUGCUGCGCCAUGUGCAAAACCCACUUCUGUGUACAAACAAAACACAGAACCAAACUGUGCCAAUCAGCAUCUGAAAUAAUAAGUGAUCUUGACGGCACGUAGUCAUGUAUCUGUAUGUAAUUUAUCCUACUGAGCGUCUGUAUUGACAUUCUCAGCUACUCACACCUGAAGCUAAAUAAUGCUGCUUAAAAUACCAUCUUUUUUAUAUAUUUUAGUCCUGCAUCGGGAAAUGGUCUGAGGGCCUCACUCAGCUGCCCGUAAUUCUGUCAUGAAAAAAAAUUCAGCCUUAAGCCUUCGUUGCAUUUGUUCUGAAGAGAGCGAAAUUUUGAAAGGUUUUAGGCAAAUUUCAUCGAGGGUGUCAGUUAUUGCAUUUUUCUAUUCACUUGCCUAGCCAUAUGUAUGCAAUACAGAGUGUCAGAAAUAGGAAAAGCACAACAUGAUGGUGCCUGUCUGGUACCCCAUGUGGCCAAUUGUGAGAUAUAAGCCCAAUAUCAAACGUGUCCAAUGCACUUUAGUAAAAGAUACUGUUCAUACAUAUGAGUAAAAGAACACAUUAUUUUAU